GAUAGUCAGAAUUUUGUACCUCGAUGAAAAUGAAAUUGAUGCGGACAAGCGAAAGCUGCUGAAUCUCGAAACGAAAACCUCGGCCUCAUACGAACUGAAUUUUGGUGCUACUGCUGGGACUUGCGUUUUAUCCCGUUCGGGGCUGCUGCAAGUAGUGUGCAUUAUGCAUUUCAAAUAUGUUGAAGUGAACGUAGUAAAAUUGAGCUCGUCGUCCCAUUGUAUACUCAUAAAUGUAUGAUGAUUUGUUUUUCUAGUCUUAGUAAACCGUUGAACUUCUUUUCCAGUGUACAGACUUGGUUGUUGCAGCACGCGACGUAUCUUCUAAAAGUCUUCUUACAAAAGGAGGGUUUUAGUUGCACGGUGUAGUAGGUAGCAGGGAGAGGUUUCCUGCUUGUCCAGAAAUAACUAGAGCAACUCACGGCAAAGGGAAAGAGCUUCUAAACUCUCAAUUUCUUGCUUUAGAAAAUAUUAUGUCGGACUUUCUUUAGUUUCCUGUACGAGUCGUUGCAAGCGCAAUCCGCUGAAAAGCCAAAGGAAAACCGAUGCCGAAGAGAUAAGACGCUCGUAUGUUUUGUGUCCAGUAGAAGUGCACUUGUUGAGUUUCAAUUUUCUCGUGUUUAAACCUCAUCUUUGUUAAUGCCUCGGAUGCGUGUUCAUCGGAUUCGAUCGAGUGAUAACUCAUGAGGGAUUGCGUUUCGUCGGCUCGUCGGCAAUAGCUUUCUAUUCUCUCGUCGUACUUUCCGGUGGAGCAGUGUCGUAGUACAUGAAGGGUAAAGAUUCUACUUUGUUUGCUUCGCGAUCUUGUUCUGGGCUUGGGGUAAGAUUGACGUGUUGAUCGUGAUGCUCUUAGCGCUUGCCUUAGCCAGAAAGUGUUUUCAUGCCGCAAACACACCAAACCCAAAAUUGCGAUUUAGAAAAACAAAAGUACAACUACUUCGAGAGAACCAACAGCUUAGUUUCGCACUACGAAGAUUUAUUUCGUCGGCUUGAAAUACCGAAUCGGCGAAGCAGAAGCUCGAAAAAAAAAUCAUGACUGUCAUCACCACUUCACCGCAGCAAAGCCCGUCCGCGGCGCUUUCCAAGGGGCUUUCUUCUAUCGACCAGGACAGCAAGGUCGCGAGCAUCGACACGCCGGUGACGAACUCGCCCGCUUCUUCCGAGUCCGGACAGGAGCUCUCCUCUCCGGAAGAGCGUGAGGACCACGUGGAGACCACCCCUUUCGGUGCGAAACAAAAGCUGCGCAUCUCCGCGCACGCGAAGCAGGUGUCGGACGAUUUGAAGACGUGCGAGAAGGAGCAGGAGGUUUUGCUGAAAGAGAACAAGCAACGGUGGGUGACCUUUCCCAUCCACUACCCCGAAAUCUGGGAGAUGUACAAGCAGCACGAGGCCUCCUUCUGGACCGCGGAGGAGAUCGACUUAACGGCCGACAUGGCGGACUGGGACGGGAAGCUGACGGAGAAGGAGAAGCACUUUCUGAAGCACGUGCUCGCGUUCUUCGCGGGCUCCGACGGCAUCGUGCUGGAAAACUUGAACAUCAACUUCGCGUCCGAAGUGCAGCUGCCGGAAGCCCGCGCGUUCUACGGGUUCCAGGCCGGCAUGGAGAACAUCCACUCGGAAACCUACUCCCUGCUGAUCGACCAGUGCUGCCGCAACGACGAGCAGGAGAAGCAGAAGCUGUUUCACGCGAUCACCACCAUCCCGGUGAUCAAUAAAAAGGCCAGUUGGGCCGCGAGCUGGAUGAACAACGAGCUGUGCUUCGCCAUGCGGCUGAUCGCGUUCGCGUGCGUGGAGGGGAUCCUGUUCUCCGGGUCGUUCUGCGCCAUCUACUGGCUGAAGAAGCGCGGCCUGAUGCCGGGGCUCACCUUCAGCAACGAGCUGAUCGCCCGCGACGAGGGGCUGCACGCGGAUUUCGCCUGUUUGCUCUACAACAUGCUGCAGAACAAGUUGCCCGAAGAGAUCGUGUUCGAAAUCGUCCGCGGAGCGGUUGACGUGGAAAAGGAUUUCAUCUGCGACGCGCUCAGCUGCGACCUGAUCGGCAUGAACGCGAAACUGAUGCAACAGUACAUCGAAUUCGUGGCCGACCGGUUGUUGGUCUCGUUGCACUACAACAAACUCUACAACGUGAAGAACCCCUUCGACUGGAUGGAGCUCAUCUCGCUGCAGGGCAAAACCAACUUCUUCGAGAAGCGGGUCGGCGACUACCAGAAGGCCGGGGUCAUGAAGGCGGCCGAGGGAGCGGGGAACGGAACCAACACCGGCGCGGAAAUGCACGGUUUCUCGAUCGAUGAGGACUUCUAAGGAAGUGGCUGUGCUCAGGUCUCACGUAAGAUAGUCAGAAUUUUGUACCUCGAUGAAAAUGAAAUUGAUGCGGACAAGCGAAAGCUGCUGAAUCUCGAAACGAAAACCUCGGCUUCAUACGAACUGAAUUUUGGUGCUACUGCUGGGACUUGCGUUUUAUCCCGUUCGGGGCUGCUGCAAGUAGUGUGCAUUAUGCAUUUCAAAAAUGUUGAAGUGAACGUAGUAAAAUUGAGCUCGUCGUCCCACUGUACUGGUACUGAUAAAUGUAUGAUGAUUUGUUUUCCUUCUCUUUACCGAAAUAAACUUUUGAACUUCUUUUCCAGUGUACAGACUUGGUUGUUGCAGCAAGCGACGUAUCUUCUAAAAGUCUUCUUACAAAAGGAGGGUUUUAGUUGCACGCUUGUCCAGAAGUGAGUAGAGCAACUCACGGCAAAGGGGAGGAGCUUCUAAACUCUCAAUUUCGUGCUGAAGAAAAUAUUAUUUCGAACUUUCUUUAUUUUCCUGUACGAGUCGUUGCAAGCCAAGGGAAAACCGACGCCGAAGGAAGAUAAGACGCUCGUAUGUUUUGUGUCCAGUAGAAGUGCUGUGGUGUGCAG